GAGAGAACCAAAGGCAGUGCCAGAGCUUAGCAUUUUUCCCAUGUAUAGCCAGGAUCUCAGGAAGAGACGAGUGGGCUGGAGGGUUAAGCUCUAAUCCAGAUGUAUUGCUGGGGGACCACAACAGAGAGGCAGCUAGGGUCCGACCUCUCUAAAACAGACCCGACUCUCUUCCAUCCUGACUAAUACAGACCUAGUGUUGCUCAGUUCACAGCAGAGACUAUACCAAGACUGGAUAUCUCACUCCACUAUCAAACCGGUGUCCCACUUUUCAGGCUACUUUGACUGCUGUCAUCACUUUUUCUUGGAGGAUUUUGCAGCUCCGACGAUGGCGUGAGAGGCCUGCCAUGGCGGUUGAGGAUGUCGCUGUCCUGGCUCCCUGGCUGAGGCUGAGGGUGGUGCUGCUGCUGUUACUGGUGCCGCUGCUCCUCCACCCGCUGGCUAUGUGUGCCCCGUGCCCAGGCGGCUGCAGUUGCCCCGGUGUCAAGGAGGUGCACUGCACAUUCCGCCACCUCACCUCUGCCCCACGCAAUCUGCCCAAGGACACGCAGAGGGUUAACCUGGGCUAUAACAGCCUCCAGGCAGUGCAGGGUUCAGAGUUUACACAUCUCCGCCAUCUGGAGAUGCUUAUGCUCCAUGGGAAUGACAUCAUUACUGUGUCUCCAGGAGCGUUUUACAGCCUGCGCUCGCUACAGAUUCUGAAGCUGAGCUACAACAAGCUGAAGGCCGUCACCCCUUCAAUGUUUGAGGGCUUGGUGAGCCUGGUGCGACUCCAUCUGGACCGCAACAACAUAGAUUUUAUUGAGCCAUACACUUUCAGUGGGCUCACAUCUUUAAAACUAUUACAGCUAGAAGGGAACAAGCUUAGGGACCUCCACCCACACAGCUUUGUCACCCUCUCUGUUCUGGGGAACUUCUGGAGCUCUGGUCUGCGUCACCUCCACCUGUCUGACAACCAGCUUCAGUACUUCCAGCCUAGGACCCUGCAGAUGCUCAGCAAGCUGGAACUGCUCUCUUUGCAUGGCAACCCAUGGACCUGUGACUGCCAUCUGCUGUGGCUUCUAGAGUGGAACAAUAAACAUGAUGGAGUAAUUAAGUGUAAAAAGGAUCGAGACGCUGCCUCCGGUGAGAACUGUGCUAUGUGCUCCUCGCCUCAGCCCUUAAACGGCAGCCAGGUCCUGUUGUUGUCCGCUGGUCAGCUGGCCUGUGAGCGGCCCUCCCUCGUGUCCCCUCUGAAGAAGUGGGACAGCCCCGGCUGGGACGAGGCAGACACAGAGCCUGACACCCCCUACACCGGGGACCUGGAACAUCCCUUGGGCCAACUCACCUUUUUCCUGAGCGACAGCCACGGCAAUACGGCACAUGUGGCCUGCGACGUCCAGCGGCCCAGCGAGAGCUCCUCCGUGACGUGGGAGAACACGCGGACACCCGGGGAGGUGGCGGUCAACGUGAGCCUGAUCAGCCAACUGGAGUGCGAGGUCGACCGGGAUGUCCUGCAGAACCUGUGGAAGCUGGUGGCCUACUACUACGAGAGCCCCGCCAUCCUGGAGAGGGGGGCGAGGCAGGAGAACACCAGCCGGGUCACGUUUCAGUACUCCCAGGUUCACAACGAGGAAUCCAUCUACUUCACAGAUCUCAAAGGACAUUUAAACGCUGAACCAGAGUGGCUCCUCCAGCCCAGGGUCACCAUGCAGCUGAACAGACGGCAAACAACCACAAAAAAACUGGUGCUGGACUUCACCACGUUGAUCACCAAGCAUAUCAGUGGCAGGGGAGAGGAAGAGGACGUGCCGUCCUCCUGGGCCCUGAUACAGAGAGGGAGCCCACGGAGGGUUCAGUCUGUGCUUGAGGGCACUGAGGUCAGUCUGGGGUGCACAGUCAUCAGUUCUGGGCCCCAGUCUGUGGAGUGGAUGAUGCCGGACCUAUCUAUCAUGGAAGAAUCCAAUUCUGGCUUGGUGCUGUUGGAGGGGGGCAAAUUGGUCAUUAGCAAUGCCAGUGUGUCUAACUCUGGUGUGUAUCACUGCCUGGUACGCACCAAGAACGAGGUGGACAUGGUGCCUGUAAGGUUGACGGUGAAAGAACGCCUUCUCAGCCCGAACGCUCUAAAUGGGAAGGAGGUAGAGGUGGAGAUCGGGGAGUCCCUUUCCCUCCCCUGUUAUGUCACUUCUACUCAGCCCAGCGAGACGCUCUGGUACCUCCCCAGAAAUCAGAUUUUACUACCGUCUCAACCAAACGGGAGGGUGUUUGUCAGUCAAAAUGGAACUCUGGUGAUCAAAAAGACAACUCACGAGGACACUGGGGAGUACAGUUGUUUGGCUUCUAACCUCUAUGGGGUAGACAUGUUGGCUCAUCUGGUGGUCAUUACCGGAGAGAAAGACUCAGAUGCCGAGGAAAAGGGUGAGACGAAAUCCUCUGGUGUUGUAACAGGCAGAGGGGAAUCCACCUUGUUCGUGAAUGAGGACGCAACUGAGGGGUCGGGAUUCCAAGAAAUCCAACGGCCCCAUGCUACACAGUCUCCAAAAAGGGCGGGCGGAAAACCAAGGUACCCCGGAGGGUUUCUACGGCCUGGUAUGAAAGUAAAGAGGAUCAAGGAUAACAAGAGGAAACCUAAUAAGUCUGUUAAGGAACUCGACCCCAACCGCUGGGCUGAAAUCCUAGCGAAAGCUAACGCUAAGCCUCCAACUGUGUCUCCUACAAGACAACCACUAACCAUACCAACCACAAUUAGAGCAACAACAAGGACAGCCAUGACCACUGUGACCACUCCCGAACACAUAACUACAACUAGAGAAUCCAAUAUAACAACGACUACUACUGCUCGUACUAUAACCACAACUUCCACAAAGCAACAGACAGAAGGGGAAUUUGACUUUGCUGAAAAGCAACCAGAGCCUUUACAGCCUCCACCUAGAAAACACGUGACACAUGCCCCAAGACGGAAACCAACACCUGUGAAUCGUGGUAUAGGGGACCCAAACACAGGCCCAGGCUCAGUCAAAAACCUGUCUGCUACAGAAACCCCUCAAACCGUCACACAUCCUGUGAAACUAGAGAACAAGCAUGUGGGCAGGGAAACAAAAAGAGUUAACCUGAAGAACAAUCAUAUUUCAACAAACAGACGCAGACCCCCACACAGAUGGGGCCGACCCCCACAGAGACAAAUUCGCCCUCUGAACCCCACCGUCCCCUCAUCACAGAAACCACAGGUGACCCUUUCUCAACCCACAGUGAAAAACCAUGAAUCUCCUGGAUUACGCAAUAACAAUUCUAAAACAGAGGAACAUAUUCGAGUGCAGACACCUUUAAUUUCAAAACACAAUUACAAUGAGCCGGUUCCUCCACCCGUCGAGCCUAGCAGUGCCAUAGACAAAUCAGAUAGCAUCCACACAGAAUUAAAACCACAUUUGAAAGAUCCUAGUAUAUAUCCCUUUUCAAACAGGUUGCAGGUGCCUGAAGCAGAGACAAUCACCUCGCCCCAGCCAAAGUAUAUUCCCACCCCAACUGAAGUUGCACGACAAGAAAGGAUUUUGGACAUCUCAAAAAAACAGGAUGACAUAAAACAGACCACUCCAAACAGGCAAACAUCCCCAAAGACAACAAGAACAAAAACCACUAAUAUUAAUUAUGACAUUAACAUAAAACCGGAUUCAUCACUUGACCCAACUAAUAUGUCAACCACCCUUGAUCUAGAUAAGGUCGCUGCCAAGACCCAGGAACGCACAAAGUAA